AUGCGGGAAGCUUUUUGCGCUGUACAUCUUACGCUGCGGUGGUUACACUUCUCAAGGGACGACUAUUUUGACGCCGUACGGAGGAUUUGGAAAAAGGAAAUUGGGGAUUUGGAGCUGUCUGGUGCCUCAUGCCUUCUUUCGACUGAUUUAGCUAGAUGGAGGAAGGAUAUCGAAGCGGCACUGUGGGAUCGAGACACUGUUAAGAGGCUGUUACGCAUUGAAACUGCUGAUGAAGCGGCGUCUAGUUCGAAAGCUAAAAGAUUGCAUUUUGAAGGCCAUGGUAAUAACGAACAGGAGGCACCUAAUGAGGCCAUAAAAAAAGACCAUGACAGUAUAGAUGGAAAUGUUCUUAUUCCAUUUGCUAGUCAUACCGGAGAACCCUCACAAACUAAGGAGGGGAAUGAAGAUUUUAGUAGGCCCAACAAAAAAGACCAUGACAGGAUAGAUGGAAAUGUUAUUAAUCCAUUUGCUAAUCAUACCGAAGUACCCUCUCAAACUAAGGAGGGGAAUGAAGAUUUUAGUAGGCUCAAGAAUGUGCCAAGGACUGAAUUAAAGGACAGGAAUGACACUGCUCGCACCGAGUUGGAGAUUUCAGUUGAUGACUCUUCCCAAGGGACAAAUAGAUGCACUUUACCAAGCCCCAGAACAGAGCACGUCUCUCUCCUAAACAUAGACGAACCUAAAAGGUGGAUGAGACGGAGAAAAAUAAAUAAAUGGACCAACGAGGAAGAAAAUGCUUUGGCAGAGGGUGUACGAAAGUAUGGAUACCAGUGGACACGCAUAUUGGAAACCUAUCAAGAAAUAUCUAGAGAGAGAACUGCUGUUGAUCUCAAAGAUAAAUGGAGAAACUUGCAAAGAAAGUGA